CCAGCCUAUAUUUUACUUACUCUUUCUGUGAUUUCUUCACUUUAUCAUAGUUAUUUUUAUGUUAAAAAAUAUUUGUAAGUCUUACCAGUCAAACCAGUCUGCCACUGAGAAUUAUUAAUAUACAUAAUAAUCAUACGUUUCAAAUAAAGAUACACUAUUCACCUAGCGAGUAAGGCAAAAAGCCUAGGUAGCGGAAUUCAGUGAAGAAGGAGAGAAUGUAACCUCAACAAAUCAAACUUCAAAAUAAUUACGAAUCUGUACCUGUCUUCGCUUUGGUUGGGUGCGCUUCUUUUUAUCGUGUGUUGUAAUUUAUGAAUAUUUUUCGUUAAAUAGAAUAAUAUCCAUUUUAAAUAGUCCCUCAUGUAGUUUUUUUAAGUGCUACUUGUGAAAUCCUUCGGUGGAUACUAAUCAAUGCUGCUGUACACUGAAUAUGGCUGACGAAAGACUAGUGGUUCUGAAUCGUAGUGACAAUUUGGGAUUCGGAUUCUCUUUGCUUGGCGAAGCCGGUUUGCCACAUAUUAUAUACGAGAUCGAAGAAAAUUCCCCUGCGGCUCGGAGUGGUGAAGUCGAGGCGGGAGACGUUUUGCUCAAGGUUAAUGGGACUGAUGUAAACCGGUUCACUACCCGAGAAGUUCUAAAAUGCUUGCGACUAUCGUCGGAUCCCGUCACUUUAAGACUGAGAAAGGGGAGCUUGUUGGAUGUGCGUGAGAUAACAGCUGAUAGUCCGAUGUGUGCAGACCCACAGAUCAAAGCGAGUGUGAGGCGAUACCUGGCCGCGGCGGCCGAGCGUCGCUCUAGCGGCGCGGGCGCACGCACCAAUCACGACAGCAGAUCGGCUUCUCCGCCGUCGAGCAACUCGAACAGCAACUCAUCUAGCAACUCGUCGAGCAACGGGUCGGGCGUGCAGUCGGGGGACAGUUGUGAGGCGCUGGUGGGGGUGGAGGACAAGAGGAGGGGGCGAGCGACGCCCAAGUUCGAGGCCUACAUGAUGACUGGGGACCUCAUGCUCAACCUGUCGCGAGUAGAGCACCCGCACCACAACCACCACGCGCCCACGCAUCGGACACACUACCAUAGGUACAAUUCAACGCCAGCGUCGCCCAGUGAGAACCGAAUGUGUGGACGCGUGGAGCUGGCGCAGCGACACAACUCCUCGCCCGACACCGGCCUCGUCGGAGACCAUGCUAGUAAAAUGUUCAUAUCCCAGCCGGCGUCCCCGGCGGGCGGCGCGGGGUUGUCGGGCGGCGCGGGCGCGGCCAGCGACGGCUGUGCGCGCGCGCACCACGCCGUGCGCACCUCGCGCUCCGAGGACCAUCUGCAGAGUCGAGUAUGUAAUGGUAAGUUCCAGAAGGAGUCUUCACUGAGUGCAGUCGCCGUGGAGAUGGAAGAGGACGUGACGUCAUCACUCAAUACUCUACUGGACGCACGACCUGACUCCGCCACCCCGGGCCCGCGGUCCGACUCCGAUCCUGAGCGGGACAGGAUCGUGUGGACGUACAACGCGCCGGUGUCGAGCGCCGCGGAGCGCGCCGCCUGCAACGGCUCGGGCCGCUCGGGCGCCACCUCCAACUCCACCUCCAUAUCCGACGGCAUGUCGCAACGGUCGUCGUCGCCCGCGUCGCCGACGUCGGCGUCGUCGUCCGUGAUGUCGUCCCGCGCCACGCCCCCCCACCGACACCUCGUCACGCACCACCACCAUCGACCCCUCAAUGGGGACAUGAGUCUAUCAGAAGCGGUGUCGAACAUAUCGAGCCCGGACUACCAGGACCAGGACGACAUGUUCGAGACGGGGCGCGAGUGUCCGCGGAUGGAACUGUCCGACCCGUCCGACUCCGACUCCACGAUACUAGUCUCCGAACCUUGCCACAAACGAGCCAAAUCCAACUCCUCCUACUCCAACGAACACGGCAGCGACGUCACCCUCAACGGAGACCACAACAACGACUACAGAAUAGUGAUACAAGUCAAAGGCCCCGACAAACAGAACGCGAACGUCACAGAAAAUGUAAAUAACAAUAAUAAUAGUAAUUACACGCAGAAUGGUAAAGAAAACGGACAUAACUCGCCGGAGAACCAGGGAUAUCAGGAGCUGUGUAGCGGGUCCGACGGUGGGUCGGACGAGGGCUCGGACGGGGACUCGCUGCACUCGUUCCACUACAGCCCCAAGGCCGUCGACAUACCUUCCGCCGAACGACUCGCCAAGCGACUCUACCACCUCGACGGAUUCAAGAAGUCGGAUGUUUCGAGGCAUUUAAGUAAAAACAACGAGUUCUCCCGCGCGGUGGCGGAGGAGUACGUGCGCCACUUCGAGUUGUCUGGCGCGACGCUGGACGCGGCGCUGCGCACGUUCCUGGCGCGGUUCGCGCUCUCCGGCGAGACGCAGGAGCGGGAGCGGGUCCUCGUGCACUUCUCGCGGAGGUACCUCGAGUGCAACCCCGGCUCCUUCAACUCGCAAGACGCGGUGCACACGCUGACGUGCGCCAUAAUGCUCCUGAACACGGACCUGCACGGCUGCGGCGGCGGAGGAACGUUCCGCCGCAUGUCGUGCGCGGAGUUCAUAGACAACCUCGCGGACCUCAACGACGGAGACAACUUCCCGAGGGAAACACUCAAACAACUCUACCACGCCAUCCGGACGCAGCCACUGCAGUGGGCACUCGACGCGGAAGCCCAGCCGGCGGGUGGCGCGGGCGGCGAGGUCCGCAGUGGCGGCGCGGGGGCCAACCCGUUCCUGGACGUGCCCGACCAGAGCCGCGCCAUCGAGUACAAGAAGGGAUACGUCAUGCGCAAGUGCUGCGUCGACGCUAACGGGAAGAAAACUCCGUUUGGCCGUCGAGGUUGGAAAAUGUUCUACUGUACGCUGCGAGACUUGGUGCUAUAUCUUCAUAAAGACGAACACGGGUUCCGACGCAGUCAGAUGUCCGAUAACUUACACAAUGCUAUCAGAAUACAUCACGCACUGGCGACGAAAGCGACCGACUACACGAAAAAGCAGCACGUAUUUCGAUUGCAGACUGCUGACCAGGCCGAAUACUUAUUUCAAACGAGCGAUUCGAAGGAGUUAUGUUCGUGGGUGGAAACGAUCAACUUCGUGUGCGCCGCGUACUCGGCCGCGCCACUGGCCGGCGCCGUCGGCUCACAGCGCAAGUUCCAGCGCCCUCUACUGCCCUGUACACACACCAAGCUCUCCAUGCGCGAGCAGUUGGCGGAGCACGAGGAGCGCGCGGCGCGGCUCGAGGAGGAACUGGCCGCGCUGCGACACGCGCGGGACCACGCGCACUCCACGCACGCGCCGCACGCGCGCCUCAAGGAACACUACCUCGUGCACGAGAUAAAGAGGUACCGCACGUACGCGUACGUGAUGCGCGCGCGCGGCGGCGGCGCGGGCGCGGACGAGGCGGCGCCGGCCGUCCCCGAGCGGGCGGAGCGCGCGGCGCCGGCCUGACGCGGCCUGCAGGCGCUGCAGGCGCUGGCCGCCGCCGUGCUGUGACCGCUGUGUGGCGCGGCGCCGCACAACUAGUCUGUGUCGCGGCGCCGCGCGACUAGUUCCGUGUGUGGGCGCCGCGACCGGUCCCGUGUCCCGGCGCCGCACGACUAGUUCCGUGUCCCGUCUUCCCGCCGAGUGUCAUCGCCUACUGCGGGCCGUGCCACUACUGCGCCUCCACUCCGUAGUUACUGUGCAGUGAACUGACUUAUGUUUGAAGUGGUCCCUCCGACCGGUCCGACUCGAUGCGACUUCUACCGUAAUGAUUCCGCUGGACGUCUACAUGACGAAAUCGCAAGCGGUCGAGUGCGGCCGGUCGUUUCUUAGAAACGUUUUAUAAAAUGUCAUCAUACGAUUUGCUGAAGUUCCGUUGUAACGUACGUGUCAGCGAUGAGGCUGAGCGGUUAUACGCUUUAAUUAUUCUCUUUUAAUAUCACAAAUAUUGGCUUAUUUAAGGUACUGUAAGUAAAAUCAUUUAUCAUUCCAUGUAAUCUGUAUCACUGUUCAUUAGAGUACAGAUUUAAGAAAGUGAUAAAGUGGCUAGGUGUAGCUGUUGACUCAUUCUUAUUCCGCAUGAUAUUCACUCGGUAUUUUAUUUGACAACGGCUGAAUUUAUUACAAUAUUGUAAAUAGUUUUUAAAAUAUUGAGACUGAUACAUGAAGUUAUUUAUUUCGUUCGUAAAUUAACCAGUGUCAAAUCUUAGGCAUCGAUAGUGUAUCAUUACACCCCUAGGAUCUCAGAUGUAAUUUUAUUAUAGCUGUAAAAUGAAAUGUAUGUGACUGAAUUGUAUGAAAUCUCGUGUUGAUCAAUCAUUUGUACUUGGGGAAAUCACGUAUUAUUGUAAUACAAGCUUUAUUUAAUUUUUUAACAGUCUAAUUACAUUAGGCGAAUAAUUAAUUAUUAGUAGGAUAUUAAAAUCUGAAUUAUGUAAUCUAUUGAUGAUAAGUGUUGCAGCUUAAUGAUAAUAAAGCAUUUGUUUAGUGCUUCAUGCCAUUUUAAGACCCUCCCCUAAACCAUGUAACAAAUGCUCACAAUUUCGAUUAUUUAUUGCUAUUGAGUAACAAGGACAGCUAGUGUAUGUAUUAUUCUUUAGUCCAUUAGCUGUGCACCCUAGACGUCAUCCGAAUUAUGCUUAUUUAUUUUUAUUGUCUGCAUAUACUUGAUUCUAGAGGAGAAAGCACUCUUCCUUGAAAUUGCUUUAGAUGUAAAUCCAAUCGUUGUAAAUAAAACAAUAUUUUUUAUGAUUUGUUUACAUGUUACUUUUAUUUUUUAUAUGUUUACUUAAAUGUAUAGCUUGGCGAGUUUUGUUUUACUUUAUUAAUAUUAAUUAAAUGUUUGCUACGUGUUUGUGACAUUUAACAGCCUAUUCGUGAUAUUUUUAUUCCUCUCAUAAUAUUGUCUCGCUAAACUAUCUUUAAGAACGAAAAUGAUCCACAUGUAAUGGGAUUUGUAUGUCUGUUAUGGAUAAAUCAUUUGCUAAUUUUGCUCAAUCUCGAAAUAUAGAUCUUCUGGCUGAUUUUACAGAUACAUAAAUAUAAUUUGAAAUGAUUAUUCAGAUUUCUUCAUAUCCAAAAUUAGUCAUCUUGCAAGUAUUAUAAAUUAAUCUCUAUGGGUAAGUAUGGAAUUAAAAUGUUGGCUGUGUCGGAGAAUUUAGAAUAACAACUUGAUUUCUGUAAGUAGUUAUUGGAGUUAAAUAUCUUAGCUGGUGCAACUUAGGAUGUUGUCAACCAAGCUUUUAUCAUACAGGAUUAGUAGAGAUGUAAUGACCAGUCUAUACAGCAUUUAUUGCCUGUGCAAAAUGUAAAUAAAUGGUGUGAAACCUGGGAGCCUGAUAAAAUAUUGAUCAACUCUAAAGUACAUAAUAAAUGUCUAAGUAUUUGAAACUAUUGUGUAAUAAAAUAGCAUUAGUUUUUUUUUCUUUUAUACCAAUCAUAACCCCUCUUAAGAGCUGAAAUAAAUAUCACAAAGGAG